CUAGUUUAUCUUCUUUUUGAAACAAAAGAUUCAUAACAGAAGUUUCCAUUUUUGUUAAUCACGGAUUUUUUGCGUCUUCCAAGAAAAAAAGAGGGAAUAUAAACCAAUAGAAUAAUUGCCAGAGAAGAAGAGAGAACGAGGAAGCAAAAGAAAAGCGGCGUGUUCUUCUUUCCAAUAUUCUGCCGCCAUUUCUUCUUCUUCUCCUCAAUCUCAAUCUUCUAUCUAUACAUACAUAGAGCAAUAGCCAUAAAUUCAUAGCUCAAUCCAACGAACUGGUUCGGAUCAGAGAAUUUGAAUGGUGACGAAGGGAAUGCGUGUUGGGAAAUACGAACUUGGGAGGACUCUUGGGGAAGGAAACUCUGCAAAAGUCAAACUCGCUACAGAUACAGUCUCCGGCCAAUCCUUCGCCGUCAAAAUCAUUGACAAGUCUAGUAUCAAACAUCUUAAUGUCUCUUUUCAGAUAAAGAGAGAGAUCCGGACACUGAAAGUGUUGACGCACCCAAACAUCGUCAGAUUACAUGAGGUCCUGGCUAGCAAAACAAAGAUCUACAUGGUCCUUGAAUAUGUCACUGGAGGAGACUUAUUUGACAGAAUUGAAGAUGGGUUGCUACAUACAACCUGUGGAAGUCCAAACUAUGUCGCACCCGAGGUCCUGGCCAACAAGGGCUAUGAUGGUGCAGCAUCAGAUAUAUGGUCGUGUGGAGUCAUCUUGUAUGUUAUCCUUACGGGAUGUCUCCCUUUUGAUGAUGCAAACCUCGCGGUUCUUUGCCGUAAUAUAUUCAAAGGGGACCCUCCAAUACCUAGAUGGCUAUCACAGGGUGCUAAAACCAUGAUCAAGAGAAUGCUUGAUCCUAAUCCAAUAACAAGGAUGACAAUCACAUGUAUUAAGGCCAAUGAGUGGUUCAAUCAUGACUACACUCCUUCCAAUAGCAACGAUGAAGAUGAUGAUGCAUCCUCAAUCCAAGAAGAUGUAUCUGAAGAAGAGAAGAGUCCUUAUUCACCAACCGUCAUCAACGCCUUUGAGUUGAUCGGAAUGUCAUCGUUUCUCGACCUCUCCGGUUUGUUUGAGAUAGAGAAAGUGUCAGACAGGCAGAUAAGAUUCACAUCAGAUAGGUUAGCCAUAGAUGUAUUGGAGAAAAUCAAAACAACCCUUAUGGAGAUGGGUUUCUACGUACAGAAGAAACAGACAAUGUUAAAAGCAAUCCAACAAGAGGGUAAUCGAAAAGGGCGAGGAGGGUUAUCAUUAACGGCGGAGAUUUUCGAGAUAAUCCCGUUGCUGAAUGUGGUCGAACUAAGAAAGACACAUGGUGAUUCAUUAUUAUAUGAACAGUUGUGCGACAGAUUAUCAAACGAAUUAAGCACAUCAUCGCAAGUGUAAAAGCUUUAAAAAAAUAAAAGGUAGCCAGGAGCAGGAAACAAAAUGUGCAACUAUUCGAAAUUUGCAUCUGGAGUGAUAGAGAAUUUAUGUAAAUAAAAACUAUAUUACCUUGUAUAAAAUUGGUACAUUUGUCAAACCCCUAAAGUAUUUUUUUUUUUUUUUGUAACACAUCACAUUGUCCACAAAUCUGUUCGUUCAUUGGCAAGUAAUAAAUUGGAGCCGAUGCUUGAUUAGGC